GCCCGGCUCCCCUCCGGCAGCGCAUCCCUCCCGCUUCCCGGCACGUCUCCUCCCGGCAGGGACUUUUGAGAGGAGCCCUAGAUGCACUACUUCCAGGUGAAAGGGUAGCGCUCCCCUUCUCCGCUCCCCUUCUCCGCGCUGCCGCCAGCCCUCCGGCCCCGCUGCGCCGUGCUGACACAGGCGUGAGUACACAGCCGCUGUCUGCUUGUUUCUCCAUCUGUCUGAGCUUGGUUUCGCUCCGUGCACCUCGGUGUGUUUUUCCUCAGUGGGUGCUGAACACGAUGCCUCUAGCUGAUGGCUUUUUGGAGCAGGGGAGGUGAAAGGCUAAUUGCAGAGCGAAGCAGCUGGCGGGAGAGCUUUCGGGCAGGAAUCCCCCCGAACGCAGCAUCUCCCUAGGGCUGGCGGAGGGUUCGAGCGUGACGGGGUUAUUUCCAUCGUCACCCGGCACUGCCUUCGUGAUGUGACUCGCCGCGGCGCGUCCUCCCCUCUUCCGAACGCUUCGCAGAGGGAAACAAAGCGGCUGCAGGCGCCAACGGCAGCCCGAAACGAGGCAAUUCGAAGGGAGCGAGCUAAGCCAGGAUUUGAUUUUAAGGACACUCUCCUGAGGAGCACGCUCGGGCGGGUGCAAUCCAUGCAGAAACCCCUUUGCAGCCUGAAAACAAAUGCCUCUGCUUUGCACCUCUGGCUGCCAGGGCGGACGCCCUUGCGAGCACUGAUUUUGUCGUGCCUGCUGCCAGCCGAGCGAUUCCUUCACGGUGAAACCCAGAGCAGGUGUCUCCAGCCCCCGGGAAGCGCACGGCAGCUCGACAUGCAGCUCCCCAGCGAGAAGUGCGCAUGGCAGCUUUUUUAUACGCGAAACAGCCAGUUCCUUCUUUACUAAAACCCAUGCCUGAGCGACACAGAAACCCGUGGUUUGUGAUGCCUUCAAGGGCUUCCCGGUGUUAAAGACCGGUGCCGGCAGCCCCUGCCCUCCGUGCUGCAGCGCAGGGGCAGAUCCAGCUCUCCGAAGACUUAGCAAGCGGCCGGCGCGAGCGUCCCUGCUCGCACGCGCUGCCACAGCACUGCCUUUCCGCUCCCGAGGAGGAAGAGAGGGGAGGUAAGGGAGCGACGGAGAAACCCGUAUUUCUAUGAAGCACUGGUAGGAAGCUAGAGCAGACUCUCUUUCGCUAAUUGGGGGAAAAUCAGCGGCCGGGUCACCGAAGUGUGAAGGAGGAGGUUUCCUCUCUGCUCAACUAUAUGUACUGUUGCUUUACAUCUUUCAGUCGACAACGCUGUCCAAUUUGCUCAGGUUGUUACGCUGCCACAUUUCACUGAAAUACUUCAGCACUAGGCAGGAAAAGAAAUUCCCUCCAGGACAGGAAUCACCACAGCAGAUCAUACAGAAAGCCUAACUAAAUUACCAUCACAGCUUUCCCUGUCUUGUGCUGGUUUAACCCUAGAUUUCACACAAAGGACCUAAUCCUGGAAAAGUUUUAGGACCAAAACGCUAUGAAACUCACAGAUGACAGCGCAGAUAAUGACUAAUUACUGCACGAGACCCUGGUAAAACAGCACAGGGCCUCAGAUAACGAUACCACCACUUUAGCAUAACCAGGAGCAGUCUGAUCGCGCAAGUAACUGCACAAUUUUAAUUGCUUAGGUCAGAAGCACGGGACGAUGUCCCUUGUCGCAGGAGCAGUCGCACCUAGCCCACCUUCCAGUGUCUGACAGCAAAUACUUAAAGAGAGAUUAUGCAUAAACUGACCCUUUUCUGCUCCUAUCUUCUAGCCCCCAACCACUUCUGGGUGAUAGUGUUUAACAGCCACCAGCGUUAUUCUAACAAUCCUUAUUUUCCCCCCUCCAAACUCUUGCAAAGAGCGAAAUGGCAGAUGUAAACUCCAAGAGGGUAUCUCAGUUCUUGCAGAAAUGUGUUAAGCCGGAGGACAACGGAGGAGACCCUCAGCCGAAAGAGGAGGUAACAGAAGAACAGUCUCUUCCUGUCAUCGCUCAGUCCUACCCUCAGACAGUACAAGAGGAAUUAUCAAUGGUCUUCAACACAUACAACAUGGCAGCCAACCUCGGGCCAGCCUCCAGGAGGAAGAGGGAGAAAGGCACCAGCCACGACGGCACAAGCACCUCCCUCUACGUCGACCGCCGCAAGUCCAAGGUGUGGAAUUACUACACGAAGCUCGGCGACGCCUACGUCGAGUGCAACGUCUGCAAGAAGCAGCUCUCCUUCCACAACAGCACCACCACGAUGCGGGAGCACCUGGUGAGGAAGCACAGCAUCCGCGACACGUUGCUGUCACAGCUCAAGGACGACCAGACUUCCGAGUCCGACUGCGCAGCUCAGGAAAACGUUGCGAAGCGGUCCAGGCAGAUGACGCCAGAAAACAGCUUGUACCACACCGCGUCCUGCUCAGAACCGAGGACCGACAUGAUUCUGGAGCUGGUGCUCGAGAUGCUAUUCCGCGACCUGCACCCUCUUUCCAUGGUAAAAGACAAAGGCUUUGGGCUCCUCGUCGGGUACUUGGAACCUAGUUUUACUCUCCCGUCGCCCGUGCAGCUCUCCAGCAUGUUGUGGCACAGGUACAACGUGGUCAAGCAGCACCUAGAGCACUAUCUGCAGACGGCUCAGGCCAUCGUCGUCUGCGUGGAGUCCUGGGUUUCCCAGCUCGGUCAGACAUACCUGACGAUCAUGGCUAACUUCAUCGACGGGGAAUGGCGCCGGGCAAGGUGCGUCAUGGAAACGCAGCAAGUGCACGAAAACAAAGCCGAGGGCAAUUUAGGAGAGAAGCUGUACGCUGUCCUGUCCGAAUUUGGCCUGUCCAACAAGUCUGUUUUCUGUGUAAUGCACGACAGCCUGCAGAGCAGAGCGGCAAACUCGCAACAGCUGAAAAACGUGUACGGCUGGACCAGCCUGUGCUGCGCUGCUCACACCCUUCAUCUCUGCAUCAAAGCCGGGCUGGAAGUCGAGCAAGUGCAAGAGGCUCUGAGCACUGCUCGGGGCAUCGUGAGGUAUUUCCAGCAGGAUGCAAAAGCCACCUGCUCUCUAAACAGCAAGCUAGAAGCCAUCAAUAAAACCAAGCUGAAACUGGUGAUGGACGUGGGGUCUCGCUGGAUAACGACGAUUGAAAUGUGCGAGAGUCUCCUGGACCUCAAGUGGGCCAUCAUGUCCGUCUUGGAGGAACACCCCAAAGGCGCCGCGGCUGUUCGGAACUUGGCCGACCACCAGUGGAAGCUCCUGCAGGACCUGGUUCCAGUCAUGAGGACGAUUAAGAUCGCUACCUCGUUCCUGCGCGAGGAGCAGAACGUAUCCAUAUCGUCUCUGAUGCCGUGCAUUCACGGGAUCGUCACGGCCAUCGCGCAGCAGUCGGAAGAGGCCAGCAGCGUCAUCAAGACGGUCGUAGGCAACAUAAGGUCAGAGCUGACACAGCGCUGGGGCAUAUCGGAGGAUGAGAAAGUGCUGGAAAGCCCAGCAGUUAUUGCCUCCUUCUUAGACCCACGUUUCAAAGAGAUGAGGUUUUUGAGCCCCAGCCUGAGAAGUGAACUACAUAAAAGAGUCAAAAAUAUGCUGUCGCAGGUUUUCAAUCACCAGUCCCCAUCUGCUACCCAUUUUUGGAUGCCAAACUCAGAUUACAAAGCAGAGGGUGGAGAAACUGCUAGCCAGCUGUCUGCUUAUAAGGACAGAUGCUCAAGCACCCAGUCACAGAGCAUGUACGACAUCCUUCUGGGGAAGGACCCAACGGAGAACAUGCCCGAGAUCCACCAGCAAUUGGAAAACUACAUUGUAGAGCCCCUCUGCAAACGCAGCACCAACCCCCUGGACUGGUGGAGAAGCAACGAGCACCGCUUCCCGGCCGUGGCGAGGCUGAGCAGGCAGUACCUCGCCGUCCCCGCAACGGCGGUACUGCCCGACCAGGCUUUCGCCGCCAGCGAGAGCACCCUGGAGCAUCGACGGGCAGUCCUGGCGCCCGAGAACCUGGACCAAAUUCUGUUCCUGCACCAAAACUUCGAUCUUUUAGAAUCAAUGAGAAGCAGUAACGAGGCUCGUAACAGAAGUCUGCACUAACAGGCGUGGAGAAGGGUACGUAGAGGAGCUCUCUUGUGGGUCAUCAGGUGUUUACUUGAUGUGUCGGGCUUUCAGACACUCGGGUGCUGGUCCAACAGCCCCACUGCAGUCACCCAUCCACGUCAGCGGGAGCCAAUGCUGAAUAUUCUUCCAAAUUCCUGCCUACGCGUUUUUGUAACCGCUUUGCAACAUUCACAGCGAAGAGCGAGCUCAGGAGGAGGUGUAAACGCCCCCUAAUCCAGGACGCGCUUUCUUGUGCGCUGUGGAGCCUACAGCCCCGGCUUUUUUGUGCAGGCACAAAGCAUUCGCUCUGUGCUCGAGAUCUCCACUUAUCCCUACCCGCAUCGGAUCCACCCAGGAGACACACGAGAGCCUGGGCCAGGACGAAAGCGUUGAAUGCAUUCAAGCUCUCCUCUAAACGGCUUCACAAACUCAGGCCUGGUCCAUGCCCGAGCGUGUUUCUGCACAGGGACAGCACUGAUUGCGGCCAAGCCUGGAGUUAAGAACAGGCUCGGACAUGCACCGAACCGCCAGUACAAACACAUGGCUUGUGACAUUGUUGUCCCACAUCGAUACAAAACACAGGUGUGCCAACAAUAUGAAUUCAUCCACAAAUACCACGUUAAUUAACCGCAUUGUAUUGUUUACAAUACCCACAAAAAGACAGAAGCCCAGAGGACAUUCAGGCAUUGAGGAGCCAGCUCCACGCAGGACAGCGCGUCCCGGGAUGUCCUGCGACAAAGGGCCGGCCAAACUGAAUCCACAGCGAUAGCUAGGGCAUCCCGUCCUCCCUGCCAGCAACAAACGUGAAAAACCUACAAGUUACAUCAACUUAAACUUGAAAUCGCCUCUGAAUUUUCCUCUGGGAUAUGCUAAUAAAUUAUAAUUGUAGCAGCUCUUUAUAAAGCAGAGGUCAGUAUGGUAAUAUAUGUAUAUAAUUAAGAUUAUUCAGUGCUGCAUCAUCACACUACACUUUUUUUUUUUUUUAAGGAAACAGCCUGCUGUUUACUGUUUUGCAAUUUUAUUUGUUGCAUUAAUGUUAAAGUUUUCAGUCCUCAAAACUGCUUUCCUGUCUGCUGGCAGGGUUGCUGAUGACUCGAGCAAAGCAGCUCUGGAAGAACACUGUCCACCCCAGCUGCCUCUAGCAUCACACAGCAGAUCGCUACCCCGGGAAGGUAACAGCAGCCUGCACAUACGUCGUAUACUACUUGUGCUUUAUAUAGCGUACAUUCAAGUGGCACGUGGAGGCCUUUCUCAGGGGCAGGAGCAGCUGAAACUUUUCCCGCAAUUCCUCCCAAACAACAAAAGUCUUGGCUAAACCCUUGGGCUUAUGCAUGUGGAGGUCUGCACCACGUUAACAACAAGGUUCAUUUUUUAGUUGGUGCUGAAAUUUAUGUGAACAGAUGCAACCUAAAUAAGCGGUGGACUUCCUAGCGAACAGCACACCAAGACAAAGAAAACUCCUGCCAAUGAUUUGUUCGAGGCCCAUCUUCAUUUUCAGAAGGCAGCUGGUUUCCCUUUGAAAUCAUAAGGGCUAGGGAAAAAAAAGUUUGACUUUUUUUUCCUUUUAAAUACAGGAACGUAACUUACGAGAAGAGAAGGAACAGAGCUUGUACCCACUCUGCAAAGCCUCUCUCUGCUUUGGGUGAACAAGUUUAUCCAGGCCCAGACCUGAAUAUUGUUCCUUCAAUGAGAGAAUGGAGCUGAGAGUGGGACUGGAAUAAAGAUUUGUUUGGACUGAAUAUCAAUAUUCAGCCUUGCAAAAAUUAGAACAAAACAAAGCCAUGAAAAUCUCAUGGCCUGGCAACAAAAAGCCUUUUAUCCCUCCCAGUGGAGAAAAGACCCCUUAAUUAUAUUUUAUUCAUGGAACUCAUCAAAACCUCAAUUUUAACUACCAAAUGCAGUUUAGCAAGGCUGUGUUAUUUAUGCAAAUAAAACAACAGACAAAUUUGUGCAAUAAUACACAACUAGAUAUGGUGCUUUAAAUAUUAUGGAAUACUAACACUGAAUCUGCUAGCUAAUUAAGAAGAUUUUUGGCAGAUCAAACGUGUUUAACCACGCUCUGGUUCUUCUACCAUGUUUAUCGCUACAGCGUCUGAGCACUUUCCAGCGAUAGAACAACAUAAUCGCAUGCAACUCCUGCUCCACUGCUCGCCCUAUUGGAAACACCAAGACAGAAAUGCCAAUAAAUUGUAUGCCGGAUUAUGCGGUAGCAAGAUGAACGAAACGAUGUUUGCAUUUGGACUGGAAAGCGAAGACUGAAGUAGCUAUGAUGUAAUGGGAAAUUACAUCUUGAAUCAGUCCCGAGACUCAGCUGUGGUCUCGAGUCUGCAGAACUUUCAGAAUCGUUGCAGGAUCUAUCUUUACACCUACCUGCCACCUGACCGAGAGGAACCGAACUGGCUGAAGUACGCGCUCAGCUACUCCUUUCAAGGCUAACGUUGACACAGCGUGCAGCAUUCAGACCACCAACCACGUAUAACAAGUUUUGCUUUAAUUAUUUAGAGUAUAACCAGCAAAAGCAGUCCAAGAACUUUUACAUCAAGAACCCAAUUUAAUAAGCUAUGUAGAAAGCACAUAAAAAAAAUACAUGGAUCAGAAGAGUACUAUAGUCUAAAUCCAAAAUGCUGUGCAUGACCACCGCUUUAUGGCAAAACAGGAUAUUAAAGACAAUGACAAUUUCUCA